AAUAUGUGCUAACUGUUCCACAAUUUCAUUUUCAAGAAGGUUUUAAUAAAAACAAGCAAGAAGCAGCAUGCGUCUUUUAGUGCUGUUGUCAUUUUUGGCCUUAGUAGCAGUGUCCUACCAACAGACGUCGUCGUCUAAUAGCACAACAACCACUGCUACAACUACUACUACUACUACAGCUGCAACGACUACAAAAUGUACCAUCAACUGUUCCAGCACCUAUAAUCCAGUUUGUGCAACGUACAAGGGAAGACGUAUUACCUUCCUAAAUCGUUGUACCUGGAGGGCGAAUAGGCGUUGUGCCCGCAAAAAGGGUACCCUAUCCAAAGUUGGCUUACGUUUUAUAAAAACCGGCGCAUGUAAUGCAAGAAGAAGAAUCAUUAGACGACGUGUCGUGCGCAGACGAAGCACAAGUGGAUAGUGCGCAUAUGCGCCAGUAACUGUCGGAUAGUGAUUUUACUCUUUAGCGACUGCAUGAAGUCUAUGGAAAGUCUUAAUCUGAUCUGAAUCACAUAUGUAUAUAGUUUCUUCGGAACUAUUGCAAUUUGAAAUGAAUCAUAAUAAAAAUGUUUUAAAUGCUACUUAAAAC